AUGGUGGCGAAAACAGUGUCAAAGACGGCAUCUUCAAUUGUCACUGUUGAUGCGCUCCAGAAGGAAACCAUCACCGAGGUUGCUUCAAAAUUCUGGGCACCAUUCUCGAAGACGCAUGCGCCAUAUUCUGCUCCUCUGGUGGAUACAAUUUAUCAACACGAAAUGAUAGAUACGCACUUCAGUCCAAGGAAGAUUAUAAUGCUAGAGUUCAGCCAAUAUCUUGAAUGCUAUUUAUGGCCAAAUUACACGGCGGAGGCUAGUAUACCUCAUGUGAUGUCCAUUGUUGUUAUGUUAAAUGAAAAAUUCAGAGAGAGAAUUGACGCUUGGCAGUGUUUUGUGAAGAAACCGGAACAUUUCCCUGGCUUUAUACAACGGGUUCUAGAGUUAUCGUUAGACGAAAAUUCGCGAAGCAAUGCCGAACAGUGUGCGAUUAUAACGUUCUUAGUGAACAGUUUCAACUCAGUGGAAGUCGAUAUUGUUCGGGAGCAGAUGAACAAACUCACCCACAUAUCGAUCUGGACGAAUUUGCUGCCGAGCCAGAGAGAGGAUAUGUUCGCUGGUAGUAAGAAGCUGAGGAAGUAUUGGACGAAUUUAUCAAACAAAAUCGCUGCUCAAGACGCAGAAGACACUGAAGAGUCUCGCAAAGCUCGAUUUGAGAGAAAUUAUUUGUGGGAUCUCAUAGCACGCUUUAAACGUACUCUUGAUCGAGUCGAUGAUGAGAGCAAAGAGGUUGACCUCGAUGAAAUUCGAUACUGCGAACGGUUCAUCGAGCUUGUUAUUGAUUUGGAGGCGUUGCUUCCAACAAGGCUAGCUUUAAUUUUGCGAUUCUUUAAUGCUCUGCUGCACUCUUCGAAGCUAAUCACACAUUGUGUGCUUUCCAAACUGAUCUCUUCGGAAACCGGAUCAUUAUUCUGCCAACUUGUCGAAAUGCUCAAAUUCUAUGCUCGAUUCGAAAUCAAUGAUAUUACGGGACAACAACUUACUCAUAAGGAGGUUUCAGAUAGACACUACGAGCACGUCGUCAAGUUACAGAAAGCCGCUUUCAAAUAUUUUAGAGAAAGUAUGCCUGAUUUUUAUUUGCUCAACGUUGGUAGUGUGGAUACGAGGAAGGCACUCAUGAAACAAUUCGGAUCAAUGAAAAAGUCUGAUAUAUACCGAUUUGCCGAGUAUCUUCACCUCGUUCCUCCUAUUGAUAGUGAAGAAUCAAUAUUGGAUAAAUGCAGCAAAGAGUUUCUCACGGAGACUAUUUUAAACACAUCGCUGAUGUUACAGACGUUACAUUGUGAGCGUCGGGUGAACCAGCUUCAGCAACUUAACGAACAACCGCUCUAUCCCACCGAACAAGUUAUUUGGGAUGAGAAUAUUGUCCCUUAUGAGAACUACUCCGGCGAAGGCGUGCUUGCCUUGAACAAGCUCAAUUUACAAUUUCUCACCUUACACGACUAUUUACUGAGGAAUUUCAAUCUCUUCCAGUUGGAAUCAACAUAUGAAAUUCGGCAGGAUCUCGAAGACGUGUUGUUUCGUAUGAAACCAUGGAAACAUGAAACUCGUAACGAGACUGUAUGGGGAGGAUGGGCCCGUAUGGCACUUCUCCUUGACUCAUUUCAAAUAGUCGAGGUUGGAAAACCUUUCGUUGGUGAUAAAAGUCCUUCUAUAGUAAAAGGUGAAUUCUCAGUCAACGUUGGACGGCGAGUAGAUAUCAAGCAGGAAUGGGAAAAUUUGCGAAAACAUGAUGUUUGUUUUCUGGUCACUUGCCGCUCUAAGCAGCCGGUUGGUACUAAGUAUGACGUCAGAAAGCCUUUUAAAGACCAGAUUCAGGUCACCUACGUGCGUGGAUGUGAGAUAGAAGGGAUGAUGGAUCAAAAUGGACAGGUUAUCGAAGAGUUUGAGGCGUACGAGAAACGGCCACAAAUCCAGGGUGAUAUUCGAAGAUACCGGGUUUUUCUAGAUCCUAAUCAAUACAGAAUCGAUAUGGAGAACCGAGCGGAGAAGGGCGCGGAGGACGUCUACUACACCUUCAAUCUUGUGGUUCGUCGUGAUCCAAAAACGAACAACUUCAAGGCUGUUCUGGCAACCAUGCGACAACUUCUGAAUACCGAAUGCGUCGUUCCUGACUGGUUAACUGAUAUUGUGCUAGGCUAUGGUGAACCCGAUUCAGCUCACUACUCAAAGAUGAGCAAUGUUGUACCUUCACUGGACUUCAAUGACACCUUCCUUUCCUUCGAGCACCUGAAAGAGUCGUUCCCGGGUUAUAAAAUUGAAGCAACGGCUGAAGACGACAAGAUGAUACCUCCAUUUCAGUUGACUUUCAAAGACCUUAUACGUAAGGGUGAGAGUGAAGGUGAGAAAUCGAUUGAAGUGAGGCCUCUGGUGCGAGAACCUCAAACUCCUUACAUGAGAUACCCCAACAAGAACCAAGUGAGAUUCACCUCUGCGCAAAUCGAGGCUAUCAAGGCUGGUAUGCAACCUGGAUUGACCAUGGUCGUUGGGCCGCCUGGAACAGGUAAGACUGACGUGGCAGUACAAAUCAUCGCGAACAUCUAUCACAAUUGGCCUCAUCAGAGGACCCUGAUUGUGACUCAUUCUAACCAGGCUUUGAAUCAGCUUUUCGAAAAGAUCAUAGCUCUCGAUGUUGAUGAAAGGCAUCUUCUUCGAAUGGGACACGGCGAGGAAGGCUUGGAAACCGAAAAAGAUUUUUCACGCUACGGACGUGUCAACCACGUGCUCAAAGAGCGGCUGAGACUACUCUCUGAGGUCGAGCGUCUCCAGCAUGCAAUGAAUGUUAUUGGGGAUGUGUCUUACACUUGUGAGAAUGCGGGACAUUUCUUCCGUUUUACAGUCUGUCGCGCAUGGGACGAAUUCAUGGAGAAAUGUUCGAUUGAGAAGGACGGCUUGGUGGCUGAAGUCUUUCCUUUCACUGGGUAUUUCAGUGAUAUCAAUCCAUUAUUCAGUGGGUCGUAUAAAGCUGAUAUGGAAGUAGCUCGCAGCUGCUGGCGUCAUAUCAAUCACAUUUUUGAGCAACUGGAAGAGUUUCGUGCGUUUGAGCUGCUAAGGAAUGGCAGAGAUAGAACGGAAUAUCUCCUGGUGAAAGAAGCUAAGAUCAUUGCAAUGACUUGCACUCACGCAGCGUUGAGAAGGAAUGAGCUCGUACAGCUCGGAUUCCGAUACGAUAACAUUCUGAUGGAGGAAGCAGCUCAAAUACUGGAAGUCGAAACAUUCAUUCCUUUGUUACUACAGAAUCCACAAGAUGGAAGGAAUCGUCUGAAGCGAUGGUGUAUGAUUGGAGACCAUCAUCAGCUCCCACCAGUGGUGCAAAAUCAGGCCUUUCAAAAGUACUCGAACAUGGAGCAGUCGCUGUUUGCUCGUUUUGUCCGACUCGGAGUGCCCAAUGUGCAGCUUGACAGACAAGGAAGAGCACGGGCAGAGAUCGCUGCUCUGUAUAGUUGGCGUUACAAAAAUCUUGGUAAUCUCCCACACGUCGAGGCUCUACCUCAGUUCCAGACUGCCAAUGCCGGUUUUGCGUUCAAUUACCAGCUGAUCGAUGUGCCAGACUUCAACGGUCAAGGAGAAUCCCAGCCCAGUCCUUAUUAUUACCAAAAUCUGGGCGAAGCCGAAUACGCAGUGGCAUUGUUCACAUACAUGCGCAUUAUUGGCUACCCCUCCGACAAGAUCUCUAUUAUUACUACUUAUAAUGGGCAGGCCCAAUUGAUACGCGACGUUGUGGAAAGGCGCUGUGCAAAUAACCCUCUCAUUGGUUCACCAGCAAAGAUUUCUACUGUGGAUAAAUAUCAAGGACAACAAAAUGACUACAUAAUUCUCUCAUUGGUGAGGACAAACAACAUCGGUCACAUAAGAGACGUGCGUCGUUUGGUAGUAGCGCUAUCCCGAGCUCGACUUGGUCUUUAUGUACUGUGUCGAGCCAACCUCUUCCGGAACUGUUUCGAGCUUACACCGGCGUUCAAUAUUCUAUGUCAGCGACCUCCUCGAUUACUUAUCAUUCCCAGCGAACCUUAUCCAACACAAAGGAGGAGUGGGGACGAAGCUGACGGGGAAGUGAUAUCGAUUGAAAACACGGUACAUAUGUCAACAUUCGUCCAUGACUUCUAUGUUAGCAAUAUGGAAUCGAUGCGUGUCAAUUACGAGAAGGCCAUGGAAGAAUACCGUCGUCAAGUGCAGCAGCAAACGCUUCCACCAACGCCCGUUGAACCCGAACAGUCGGAAGCUGAAAGAAAGGCAGAAGAAAGGAAAACCAAGGUUGAAAAAGGUCCGGAACCUGAAAAGGAUAUCGUGUUUGAGAGUAUGGACUUCGAAAGGCUAGAAGAAGUCCCGAAGUAUUGA